AUGUCGGAGAAUUUUUGGUUUGAUGAUAAUGCAUUCCUGAAUAAUCAAGAAAACAACAAUACCAAUGUAAAUGCAGAUGAUUUUUUGAAUAAUAUAUUUGACCAGAAUCAGUCACAGCAGAGCAUGAAUCAAACUCAGCUGGGGAUGAACGUGAACCCACAAGGUAAUAGCAAUGCUAACGAUCCCAGUGUACAAUAUAUGGGUCAGGAAUCUGGUCAGAUACAAGGAGGGAACCCACAACAGUCUAUGAAUCCGCAAUUGUUCAUGAGACAACAACAACAACAACAACAACAACAACAACAACAACAACGGUCCCACAUGCAGCAGCAGCAGCAGCAGCAACCUAAAAUUCAGCAUGCACAGCAGUCUCAAAAUACAGCAUUUGAUCAAGGUAAGCACGAACAGUUAAUGAGAAUGCGACAACAAAUUAUGCAACAGCAAAUGCUUCAUGCUCAAAAGCAAUCUCAAUCACAGCAGCUGGCAGCUCCUAAUAGCUCUAAUGCUAAAAUGAUGGGGAAUAAUUAUAUGAGCCCACAAGCGCAAGCACAAGCAUCGAGAAGGCUCAAGAAUAUGGAAUUGCAAGAAAGUGCAGUGAAUAUGUCACCUCAUUCACUGGCAUCCUCUCCGCCUCAAUCCACUCCUUCUUUGGUGCAACAGCAGCAGCAGCAGCAGCAGCAGCAGCAGCACCACCAUCAGCAGUUUCAAAUGGGACCGCAGACGCAGCAGGUUCCGUUUGGUGGUUCUCCGGUGAACCUGAUGUCGCCUCAUGUGCCAAUGAAGAACCAGCCACAACAACCAGCGCAACUUCUGGCAUCCAACAUUCAAGCACAGCAGCAGCAGACUCAGAUACGAGCGCAACAUCAACAACAGUCUUUUCAACAACCACAGCCAUCCCAUCAACCAGCAAAACCACCUCAAGCCCAAAUUGCGCAGUUGCAAAUAGAAUUGUUUCUUUCCACCUUGCAUGAUUUUAUGAAUAGGAGAGGUACUCCUUUGACUCAACCUCCAAUUAUAAAUCAUAAACGUGUCAAUUUGUUUUUCUUGUACAUGUUAUCUCAAAAGCUUGGAGGACCCCAACAGUUGCUCAAAUCAUUUCAACAAAAUACAACUCAGGGCCCUGUUCCCUGGACAGUUAUUUGCCAAAAGCUUGGUCUCUACGAAGGAAUCAACAUUCAGCAGGACAUUGCUGCUAAACUUCAGGUAGAAAAAGAAGUAGCAAACUGUUAUGUUCAAUUCUUAUUGCCAUACGAGCAAUAUUGUAAUACUCCAGACGGCCAAAAAGAUAUACAACAGAGGAAGCUUCAUUUCCAAAAGCAAAUCCUCGCCAGAUUUCAGCAGCAACAGCAAAAUCAGGGGCAGCACCAGAAGCAGGUCCCACCGCAGCAACAAGUCCCACAACAGAUCCCACAGCAGGUCGCACAACAAGUCCCACAACAGGUUUCACAACAGCAACAGCAGCAGCAAAUUCCUCAGCAGUUGAGGCAGCCUCCUCAACAAUCUCCACAGCAACAGCAUCAGCAACAAUUACAACUACAAUUACAAUUACAACAACAACAACAACAACAACAGCAGCAGCAGCAGCAGCAGCAACGACAGCAACAACUGAAGCAACAGCAAAAUCCACAACAACGACGCCCACAACAACAAUACCCGCAACAGCAACACACUCAACAACAGCUUCCGCAACAAGAACAACAACACCCUCAACAACAGCAUAUAGAUCAAAUGGCCAGUGCUGCGUUAUACUCGAAUAUCUCGCAUACUCCAGGCUCCGCCCGUCCUAGUCCUCACGUAGGCCUGGCUUCCGUUCCUCCUCAAAGAAAGUUAUCGAGAACUAGCAACGCAUCCAAUCAGAACUCACCAGCUGCUGUGAAUUCUCCUUACUUGCAACUGAAUCAAGCAUCGCGCUCUGAAAGUUCCGUUCUUCAGAAUAAUCAUACUACAUUCAAACAGCAGCAAGAUCUAAAAUCACCUUUUCAGCAACAUGCUCAGUCGCUUCCACAACUGCAGAUGCAAAAACAAAACCAAAACCGACAGUUUAACCCAAGUACUGACCCACAUAGGUCAUCACGCGGGUCUCCCUUAGUUUCUUCUAAAAGUGAUCAGUCGGAGUCUAAUACUUCUCAGGUACAAUUACCACACGAUGGCCCGAAUAUCAUAAAGAAUUAUGUUCCCUUACGAAAAACAUUGGAUUCAUUUGGAGGCUAUGAUAUCAAAAAUUUAUCAGCAAUUGCAAGUGAAAUUGAAAUAUCUGAACCUGUUUAUUUGUUUGCUCCUGAAUUGGGCUCAGUAAAUAUUCAGGCUCUAACCAUGAGCUUGAAAAGUCAUGCUAAUAAUAAUAGCGAAGCGGUUAGCGCUUUAAACACUUUACUUGUUGUGACUUCAGAUGUCAAUUACUCUUUUAAAAUUGCGGAUUGUCUAGAAUUGUUAAAUUCUUUAGCAACACUAGGUAUCAAAUUGAUAGACUCUAUAAUCUCGACUACUAAAGAAGAAGAGUCUUUAAGCAAAGAUUUAUCCAGCUUUAAAGAGAAUGAUUGUAUCGGCUCAAUAUUUGAAAAGUAUGUUGACAAAAAUAGUUUACAAGGCGAGGAUAUUGGAUAUGUAGUGAAUUCAUUGAGUGGUGAGAUCAUUAAUGACGAUUCUGAUAUCGAGCUGGAUGAUUUCUUCUCUGAGGAUCAAAUCAAAUCGUCACUAAAUACACCACCAACACCGGAUGAUGAUCUGAGUGAUUAUGAUUUCGGUAUUGUUGAUUACAUGAGCUCUUUACUCGGUUUCAAAGAGGAAAACAAAGAUUGCUUUAGCAAACUACAAACAAGAAGUGCAACAAAUCGUCAAGUGAUGUUGGUUGAUGAACUUAUAACUCUCACGAUGAUUCUCAGAAACAUAUCCUCUAACGACGUAAACAAAGCUACUAUGGCUAACAAUUCAAGUUUCAAAAAGCUAUUAUUCAAAGUAAUCAAGGCAGUAUCACAAUAUGAAAAUAAAUUUCUUUUUCAUAGGAAGAAGUUAUGCUUGUUAAAAGAUUGUCUUAUUAUGUUGGACAACAUCAGCUUUACCAUUGAAUUAAAGAGCUUGGAAGAAGCAUUUUUGAGUUUUGCAUUAAUUUACGGAUUUGGACCAAAGCUUGAAGGAUUUGAUAUUCCGGCUGUUUCUUUGAGCACUUAUUCCUAUUUGCAUUAUGCAAUUGAUGUGUUUACAAAGUUGUUGGUUAGGGAACCUCAUAAUCGGUCAUUGAUGAGAGCUGUUUUGGAUGGAAGUCUUCAAAUAUCGUCAUCAGCAUAUUCUAACACUAUCAACAUAACAAAAGAAGACAAAAGGACGACCGAGAGAUUGAUCAAAUCAUUUUUGAAGGGAAAGCUGGAAUCCCUAAUGACUAUGGCUUUUCAGAUAUUUUUAUGCAUUUUUCCCUUCGAAUCAAGCUCGAUAGACCUCACAAAGUUUUUUUUCUCUAGAACAUCUACGGUGUUACAGUCUCUUCUUGGAGCAAAGCUCUUACUUGAUAUGAUUCCCACUGAAGAACCAGAGUUACUUCUCAAAACCUCCAUCAGCUGGCUUCUCGAGAAUAAAGAUGUUUUGUUGACGAACUUUACCCCCCUUCUUUUAAGUCUUGUGACAGAGACCACCAAGCUCCCAAGUGGCUCUACUGAGGCCCAUGUCUUCAGUAUGAUUGUUGAGAGCGCACUAUUGGUAAUCAAUACUCUACUUAGUCACUCUUUGAUUGCUUAUCAAGCACUUCCAUCACUGUCCCUUGAUAGAGAAAAGAUAGUUCAAAUACUAGACAUUUUUCGAUUGGGACCUGAUGCGAACUUUGUUCUUGAAAGUCACUUGAUUGGCUCUGUUAAUCGUUCAUUGAAUAAUGAGGUCUUUCGACUUUUCACUAUUCUAAACCUGUUUUCUUAG